AGUCUUGUCUCUGAAGAGAGUGAGGAUGUAGAGCAGUGCUUUUCACUCAACACGGCAAUUUCAACAAGAUGACACCUCCGAAGCUUGUCUUCUAUCUGACAUGCCUCUUCUUGGUGGAAUUUACUCAGAUGAAUCAUUUAAAACAACCCAGAAAUUUACAUCAAGAGAAAGGAUUGAUAUCUGCUAAUGUUGGAAACAGGUUGAUUUUGCGAUGUUUUCAUGACAGUGAUGCUGCAAAGUAUUACUGGUACAAGCAACAACUGGGACAGAAGCUACAGCUUAUUUCCAAUACCUAUAAAUUUGACAAAAAUGGAACUUUUUAUGAUGAGUUCAAGGACAAUCCACGCUUUACGUUGGAAACUGAUGUGGGUAUAAAUCACUUACAAAUUUCCAACGUACAAAUCACAGAUACAGCAACUUACUUCUGUGCAAGUGGUCUUUCAUUUGUGUUUGAAUUUGGAGAGGGUACCAAAGUCAUUGUAAAGAGUCAAGGUUUGAGCAUCAAAGCUCUAGUCCAGCAGUCUGCUUCUGAAACCAUCCAGCCUGGAGGCUCUGUGACUCUAAACUGUACAGUACACACUGGGACCUGUGAUGGAGAACGCAGCAUUUACUGGUUCAGAAAAACAGAAGAAUCUCAACAAACAGGACUUAUUUACACCCAUGGAGGUGGGAAUGAUCAGUGCGAGAGAAAAACUAAAACACAAACUAACACCUGCGUCUACACCCUGCCGAUGAACGGUCUGAAUCUGUCUCAUGCUGGGACCUACUACUGUGCUGUUGCCUCAUGUGGACACAUACUGUUUGGAAAGGGGACAAAACUGGACUUUGAACGGGACGUGGACUCACUGGGUUUGGUGUAUUUUUUGGGUGGUGCUUUGAUAUUCGUCAUGAUUCUUUCUGGCUUUCUGGCUUUCCUGAUAUGCAAGAUGAAUGGGAGAAACUGCAGCCAAUAUUCAGAGUCUCAUGUAGGACAGUCAUCUCCUCACACAACCAAUGCAGAGCAGGGUUACAACGAUGCAGACAGCUUGCAUUAUGCUGCUUUACGUGUAAACCAGAGAAAACAAUCAAGAAGACUUAAGGAUGACACCAUGAGUGAAUGUGUGUACUCCAGUGUAAAGCAAUGACUGUCUUUUGCUUUCUUUAUAGUUGUUACAGAGAAGUACUUGUACAAUUUUGAUUUUAAAAACGGUUUCUUGGUCUUUUUUGUUUGUUUUUGUUUGGAAUUUCAUGAUGGAUAUCCUAAUAUUAUUCCUUUAUGGUGAUUUAUAGACUUGACAGAUUAAAUAUAUCACAUAUUUCUUGAUUUUGAUGCAUUUCGUUUAAUGCUCUGGAAUUCUUGCCAUGUGUUUAAUCACAAAAUAAAGUAAAUGUCAUUAUGAAGAACUUGAGCGCAUGCGUGUUUACUUCUUUUGGGUAUCUGGUUGCUCCCUGUGUAUCGUACAGUAUAUGUGACAGUCCUCACUUAUCCCAGACCAGCAGUGGAAUUAGGAGGUGGCUGUGGCCAGAAAAGCUGCCAAUAAUUAUUUUGAUACUUUAACAACUCUAAAUACUGCGCAUGUAGUUUAAACAUCAAAAGUUUGUUGUUGAGAUUUAGUUUCUCUAUAGGUUAUUAUCACUAGUCUCGGAUUUUGCCUUCAUAGGAACUAAGGGGAAGUAGCUGCCAGGUGCUGACAGUGAAACACACUUCAUUAGGUGAUCAGUAAGUGUGACCACCUCUACAAAGCCAAAAACUUUCAGUUAGCAUACGAAAUGUUCUUGAGAACAUGAUCACAAAAAACAGACCAAGUUUAGGUUUUUGCAGGGUUUCCAAAAAAAAGUCCUUUUUAAAAGGAACCCAUCAGCGUGGGAUAUUUUUGGGAAGUUGCAUUAGAACAAAUAACAUGUCUUGUACAAUAAUGUCUAUUAGACAGAGUAAAUCAAAAUGGAUGUGUUUGGCACAACACCACUGUCAUUGAAAACGAAACAUAGCGUCAGCACAAAACACCUGGCAAUAAUUGUCAAGUCGAAGGGGUGUUGAUUAUUUGAGGAGGGGGGGUGUCAAUGUCAGGCGUGUCCAACAGCUAAAGCUUGGCUUUAACUGUAUUAUGCAACAGGACAGUGACCCAAACAUAGCAAAUUUACAACGGAACAGCUAAAUGACUAAAGAAUCAAGGUUUUGCAAGAGAGAAGUGCAUGCCCAAAUACCCCAAACUAUGAUGAACUAAAGCAAAAUUGUAAGGAAGAGUGAGCCAAAAGUUCUCCACAACAGUGUGAGAGACUGAUACAGAAAGCAUUUGCUUCAAGUUAUUGCUCUUUGUGAGUCUUGGAGCUUACUUAAGUUGCAGGACUGUGGGAGAAAGCUGGAGUACCCAGAGAGAACCCACACAAACACAAGGAAAACAUGCAAACU